AUGCAUCUCUCAAACACCAGCAAGGCCAUCCUCCUCGCCAACCUAGCCAGCGCGGCAACAAACCCCGACGCCCAAGGCGCAUGUGAACCUACGACCGGCGGCUCCAACGCCUGCGGUCCCAACGGCUCAGAGGAAUGGCUCAACACGGGCGUCAAGGGGAACGGCUGGGAGCCCCCCUUCCUAGACAUCAACAAGCUGGCGCACAUCUCCCUCUCAGACUACUACAACGGCGUCGGGAAACCCUGCCAAAAGUACGACCAGUACUUCAAGAGCGCCGGCCAAAAGUACAACAUCGACCCCGCGAUCCUGGCCUUCAUCGCCAUGCAGGAAUCAUCUUGCAACGCCGACGAGGGCGGUCCGACGCCCGGCCUCAUGCAGUGCGACCCUGGGAACUGCCAAAACGGCAAGAAUAGCUGCCAGUACCCUAUUCAGGAUAACGUCGACUGUGGCGCGCACGUCUUGCGCGCGGCGCUGGAUUCGUCGCAGGGGAAUGCGGUUCAUGCGCUGGGCUCGUAUAACGGGUGGUUCACGGCGGGUGAUGGCACGGGACUUAAUGGCGGGAAAGGGCUGACGGAGGGUUAUCCGUGCUCGCAGGAGGGUAAGGAUCAUGGGGUGCCGCAGAACUUGAAUUAUUUACAUGAGACGCUGAAUGGGUGGUUUCAGGGGUAUGAUAUGUAUGGGAAGGAUAGGGGUUUGGAUGGGGCGUACAACUGUCAGCAGAAUUGUAACAAUGGCAAUAUUUGCUAG